AUGGCAGCUCAGAGGAAGCGAAAGCACGUUGCGGAAGAACAACCUCCCAACCACCAACACGGCAUCAAAGCGUUCGGGACCAUUGGAAAGGCGCAUGACGCGAACGACGUACAGAAGAAGAGGAAGACAGCGCAUGUACCUGAUGACAAGAAGGCAAUUUUACAACAGGAGGCAAAGCUACCUAAGAACAAGCGGAAGCGCGCUCUGGAUCAGGACGAGGACGAUUCCGCGGCAGGGAGCGCAUUCACGGUUCAGCCUAUCGACUCCAAGCAAAGUAGUUUGCCGACGGCCUCUACACCACGCAAUAAACGGUUCAAGAACGUGCAGCCACCAUCUUCCAAGGAAACACCUAGCAAAAGCACAGCAGAUCUGUUCCGCAACAUGAAGCUGGAGAAGCCUUCAGCUCCCAUUCCAUUCGCACUCAACGCUGGACAACUUGCGUAUGGCACUCCACCAAAAACGCCAGAGCCAAACAUGGACGACUCCAGCCAACUACCGCCGGAGCUCAUGGAUCUUGUAUCACUACAUUCAGCAUUCCUCUCUGCGCUGUCGAUGUACUAUGCACACAACGGGACUUCGUCACCUGCAGAAGUCAAAGCACUUCUCCCGAACAUCACCAAGCACUGGAAGAAGCGGGCGGUGUCUAUGGAUGAUUUGCGGACGCUGCUGGCAGUGGAGCAACAAGUGGAACCUGAGUUUCUGUUGAAGGAUUUUGGGCGAGCUGGCAUCCGCUUGGUGAAGUCUGCUCCUCGUGGGAGAGCUAUCAAGCGCUCUGCGAGUUAUAUCGACGAAGUGGACACGAACGCACGGUUUGAGAAUGCUCUUCAGGACAGGUGGUCCAGUUGGUUAGCUGGUGCACCCAAGGAGAGCUGCCGAGCCAGCACAUUUCUGGACCAGCUCCCUCUUGCUGAAGUCGAAAAGGCCGCGUCUGUGGAGAAAGCAGCGCCAAUGUUCGCUCGUGGCCAGCAAAGACUCGCAGACUUGAAAGCCAGCCAAGCACCCACCACCUCAGACACAAGCAGCACCACAUCCGUCAGCACCGAGCAGAAAUCCACUGCCGCCGUCCAGAACCGUGGCACGAGCCUUCUAGACCGCAUUCUUGCAAAGCAAGCCCUCACAUCAACCCUCCCAGCAGGCCCCACGCGAGACCAACUCGAGCGCAAAGCAGCACUCCAACGCAUCGAAGACGUGGCGCGCGUACUCGAGCUUCUCGCCGCUGGCCGGCCACGCUGCUCUUUCAGCAUGCAGGGACUGAGCCAGCAGGUUCGACAAAGCUUGCGGAACCCAAUCAGCAAGGAGGAGAUCGAGCGGUGUUUCGAUCUUAUGGCGACUGAGAUCACGCCAGGAUUUGUUGGGUUGGUGAAGAAUGGCGCUGUCACGGGCGUCGUAAUCACGAAGAGCGGCAAGGUCGGGUCGGAGGAGCUGAGACAGCGGGUGAAGAAUGCUUGCGAGGCGAUGCCGUCGAGGGUGUGA